GGGGGAGCAGCCGGUUUUCUCGACCGCUUUUUGUUGGCUGUGUAUCGUGCCUGUGGGAUGGCUGAGGUAGAGCUGGUCACACGGUGCUGUAACUACUAAGUUUUCCGGGAGCAUAAAAUAGCGAGCUCAGUGUUUUUGGGAUGUCCCGGAUCAGCUAUAAUUACAGUCUCUUUUCAUGAUACAAUGUUGAGGGUUUCCACGUGUUUGUUAGCCUCUAAAGGAAGUAUGGAAUCCAUGGUGUGACAUCCAGGUGUAUUAUCAGAACUCAUUCUCUCUAAACCCCAUCCUUUAUGUUUCUGGUGCCUUUCUGCUUCCUAAAAGAUGUUUUGUUAGUUGAAAUAUCAAGGGGGAACGUGGAUGGCUUUUAAAUGUGAAGAGAGAGCAGAGUCUUGAAGUGGUUAUUCGUUAAAAUAGUCGCCGUGACUUAGGAAGUGGCAGCCUAAGGAAAGAUCAAAGUAAAAGAUGCUUGGAGUGUGGAUUUGAAUGGUGGUGGGAUAAGGCAGAAUGGUUGGAAUCAUGGGUAGUUUCAGUGGUUAUCGCAUCUUUUUUAGACUUAGGAGGAAAUAUGAGGACAAAGUUUCAGGGAGACAAGAAGGGAUUUAAAGGAAAACCCUUUAGGAAAUAGGGUGUAAAUUCAUUUCCAGUGCAUUUUUAAAGGUUCACGUGUUAACAUUCAUACUGAUCAUUUGAACGUUAUUGUCAAAUCAGCUUUUGGAUAGGAUGGAUGAAUGGAUUGAUAGGGAGCCUGACACUAUCCUGCUCCCACCAGUUUUAGAGAGCUAUCUUUAGUAUCUUCCUUCACAGCUUACUCUUUAUGUGAGCAGUGCUUACUCUCACUGUAAGCCUUUACUGUCUGCUCAUGUUUGUGACACAUUCUGUUCUACAUUCGUAGCUGUCCUCAUUUCUCUUGGAAGCUUGGGACUUUAUGCAUCCAAAAUACAUUGUCUGGAUUUAGGUAGACAAAAGUUUUUUCUUUUCCUGUGUGGUUGUAGAAAGAUACUGACAGAUCUCAUUAAAGAACUUCAGAUGUGUUGUUAAAUACAUCAGCAGUGUGUUGCAGGUAGGGAAGCCUCUUGGAUAUCAGAUAAUUUUGGAGCGUGGCACAUUAGGGUUGGGCUCAAGAUGUGUUGAAAGAAGUUCAUAGUAAAGAAUCUCUUACAUAAAAUUAAUCACUUCCUUGUCAGGAAAUUCCCAGGACGCAGAUCUCUGGAAUGUGACACAUUACUUGAGGAUAAAUUUGACUCCAUGUUCACCUUGUCCUGAUUUUUAGAUGCACAUUUGUAAUCACUCUUGGAAGUGGGAUACUGGGCCUAGUUAAACCAUUAUUAUUAUAUUAUCUAUUAUCCAGUGUGGUUGCUCUCGCAUAUUUAAGCUACAGUUAUUUCUUUAAGCCUUGUUUUCAUUGCAGUGUUCUAUCAUUGGCGUGCCUAACUGAACCAGAAAAAACUCAGUUUUCUCAUAUUCCACUGUGUUACUAUCAGAAUGUGAUGGUUAUGUAAGAAGGGAAUAAAAGACCUGCAGCUUUUUACUAGAUUAGAUAACACACACAGCUCCACCAACACUUGAUUAAAAAUAACACAUAAGAGUUUUUUUCCUGCCGUAGGAUGAGAUAAAUAAUACUUUCAGACAACAACGCAUAUCCCUGCAGUUGCACAGUUUGCAUGGGCUGUUCUAAGAAAGACUCCAGGGAUUGUCCUUCCCCUGCCUUCUGUAGAGCAGAAUUUAGCAACUGCUUGUGUAAGUCUUGCUUGUCCUUAUUCAGGAAGGUACCUACAGAACGUGCCUUCAGUGCAGUGAGGUAGAAGUACAUUGCUUAUGAUUUUAAGCCGUUUAUUUGAUGUUUCUGUAAGCAGUUCCUUGUACAGGUAGUGUGUGCAGCCCAAUUAAACAGGAGAUGACCAUAAGUUAGUGUUUUAAGCUGUCUUUAUGCCACUUGUAAAUUAUAUCAAAUAAUCUGAUUUGAGGCUUUCAGAAAUAAACAGCAGUGUAAAUAAAAUGAAGCAAAACCAAUGCAGGCUGAGGGAACAGGAAGUAGCAGGCAGUAGACCUAAAACUUAAUGCCUGAAUAUCUGGAGCUGAGUCUGACAGUCUCUCUUGACAUAUAUCCCAAGAAAAAGUAGCGAUGUUUGAAUCACUUCAGUUGUGGAUAAGGGUUAAUGAAUCCUUAGAUGCAACUCAGUUUUAUUUUGUUUCAGUUUGUUCUUUGUUGCUUGGUAGGUUUUUUGGAGUUUUUAAUAAGGUAGCUCCAGCAGGCAGACUUCUAAGUGCAAAAAUUGCUCAGCAUUUCUGCAGCAAAGCAAGUACUGACCUUUGUGCACUUCAGCCUUGAGCAGAAGUGUGCUUUAAACUCUUUUUUUAGGCAUGAGCUGCAACAAAGUUGCUUUUGCAACUUAGACUUCAGUGUUAAGGUAUUCUUAUCAGAUCUAGACUGCUACAGCUAUCCCUGGCAUUUUUGUGCAAUACUGCAGUGUGUUUUUUUCAAGACAUUUGAACUCUAACUUCUGAAAUAGGGCACUCACAAAAUUAUUAAUUACACUUGCUAAUUGUGAUGGCACUUGCGAAUAGAAAGAAGCAACUACAGAUAGGAUAAAUAGUUAACUACAUGAUAGGUAAGUAUCCCAGGAAAAAUAAAAGGAAGGCAAAGUAUAGCAGAGCUGAAAAUACCAGCAAAAGACAUAUACAGAUGCACAGAGAGUUUGUUGGUGAGGUGCAAUAAAGGACUUGCAUACCUAAAUUGAGAUUUAAGAGGAAUUUAAGGACUGAGGUCCUAACAAAAGAGAUCUAAGAAAUCUCACACAGCUACUGCCUAACUGAGAAGAUGCCUAAAGUCAGAAGACUUUUUAGUUUAUAUCCCUAGAGUGUCUAGGGUUUUACUUGUGUGCAGCAGCUGGAACGGUUCAGCACUGACUCUUCAACCAGUACAGGCUUCAGUUGAAUUGUCAGAGUGACUCUGCUUUGUCAGUAUUUUCAGGCCCCACCAAACAUGUUAUUGCGUUCUUAAAGUUUGGUGUAUCUGCUUGCUUUUCACAUUUAUGUGAAGGAUGGUGAGAUUGAGUAACUUUUUACUUAGCAACCUAUCUUCAGUUAUGUAUCUGAGCUGGAGGAUUCGGUUUGGUUCUGUCCGAGAGUAUUCACAGCUUGUCUCAUCUCCCCAAGUAAUUUAUCCUAAAGAGUAAUUGCAUGAACUAGAGAUGAGGAUAUCACUUCCUACUGAAUGCCCCAUUCUUUGGGAUAAAUCUCACACAUUAUUUCUGUCCCUAUAGGCUUUGAAUCCUUUUCUUCUCAGUCAUCUAAAUGUGAUCAAGAUCAAGGUUUUAUUUUAGACUUUUCUGGUUUGAAAACCUUGUUUAGCUCCAGAUAUGAUGCAAGUAAUGCUUGUCUUCUCUUUAGGAAGAGAAUCCUCAGACUGAUUGGACUUCUUCCUUCUGCAGUUGUUGCCUGGAUUCCUAAGACCUUCUCUUCAGAACUGCUUUCCAGCUGGUCAGCCCUCAGUGUAUUCCAGUACCUGGAGCUGUUCCUCUCCAGGUUCAGGGCUUCACAUUUCCCAUAUUUAAGGUCCACUGGAAUGACAACAUAACCAGGUGCCUCUCAUGCUAGUGGUUGCUCUGUCAAGGCCUAGAAGCUCCAAGAGAGACCCACAGUGAAUAAUGCUGACUUCUGUGCAAUGACAUUGGGCAGAACAGCAUUUUACUCCAAAAGAGAUGUCUGAAAAUCUUCAGAAAGUGAAUUGCAUGGGAUGGAACAUGAGGCUACCCAGCUAGAAAAGCAGCACGUGCAUAGCGUGUAUGAAAAUACAGCUGCCUACUUUAAUGAUCUGCAGAGCAAAGCGUGGCCUCGUGUGAGAAACUUUCUGUUGGAGCAAAAGCCUGGCAGUCUCGUUGCUGACAUAGGCUGUGGAACCGGAAAGUACCUCAGUGUCAACAGUCAGGUGUACAACCUUGGCUGUGAUUACUGUGGACCACUGGUAGAAAUCGCAAGGAAGAGAGGUGAAGAAGUUCUGGUUUGUGACAACCUUAACCUUCCCUUCAGGGACCAGUGCUUCAAUGCAGUCAUUUCCAUCGGAGUGAUCCAUCAUUUCUCAACUAAACAAAGAAGAAUCAAAGCAAUAAAGGAAAUGGCGAGAGUACUGAUGCCUGGAGGCCAGAUGAUGGUUUAUGUUUGGGCUAUGGAACAAAAGAAUCGUCGCUUUGAGAAACAAGAUGUAUUUGUUCCCUGGAACAAGGCCUUGUGCUCACGGCAUUUUUCAGAAUCGAAUCAAUCUGGAGAUAAGGGAGAGUUUGUGCAUGCAGUAAAAAGCCAGGAUAUAUACCCUGCAGAGGUACUGAGCUCUGAUUACAGCUACCAAACCAAUCUGCAACCAGAAAAUGAUUCAAAACAUCCCCACAGUACGGACCAUUGCUUAUCCAGAGCCUGCUGCAUGAAAAUUUCUGAAGAAGAAAAUAGGUUUUACAGCGCUCUCGGAAGAUCUUUCCGCUCAUGGUUUUUCUCCAAAUCCCUCGAUGAAUCAGCCCUCAGAAAGCAAUCGGAAAAGCUGAAGCCUCUGAAGAACGAAGGAGAAUGGACAAAUAGUACUGUGCCCAUUCAGCAGUCACGACACUGCAGUUUGGAUUUGGGUCAUCACAGGACACUGCUGAAAGAGCAGUGUUUAGAUGAUGAUGAUGUGUUUGUAGAAAGCUCACCCAUCAAAAAACUGCCAUGGUCACAAGCCAUACAUGCACUGAAGGAUUUGAGUUUAAAUGGAGGACACCAAAGUGCAGCUCAGAGCAAGGAUGAAGAAUCUGCAUUUAUAAAUGGCCCAGUGGAAGACAAGGACCACAGCUGCAGCUGUAAUAAAGAUGAUGCUGUUAAGUCUAAUGCCAGCAAGUUUUUCAAAAGAACUUCAACAACUGACUCUACUGACUCUGCUUUGGAUUCAGCAGUGUCUGUUGGGGAUCAAAGUGAUGACACACUGGAUACAAAAGCCUUCAUGCGUUAUUAUCAUGUUUUUCGGGAAGGGGAGCUGUGCUCAUUGAUAGAAGAGAAUGUGCCUGAGCUUCUGAUAGUCUCUUCCUGCUAUGACCAUGGAAAUUGGUGCAUUAUUGCAGAGAAAAGAGAACAAUAGCUGUAAACAGGACAAAACAAUGUAUUGACUGAGGAUUUUAAGCUGCUUCUUGUUCCUGUGGUUGUACAGUGUGGCAUGGAAUUUGAAUCCCUUGUAGUCAUGUUCCAUUCAUUCCUGAGUUUAUUACAUAUGUAAAUAUCUAAUGCAAAGCCUGCAUAUAGGAAUGUAAGUGGCAAACAAUAUUUAUGUUUUGUUAAACUUUUAUGAAAUUAAAAAUGGAGAGUUUUAUAUUGCUUUUGGCAAACAAUUGUGUUUUUAAAUAUACUUUUCUAUUGAAAAAUAAAACUUUUUUAUAAGACAA